CGGAGGCAAAUCUAAGAAAGGUGGAGACUUCGGGAUAACUUCCUGCACAGUACUCUUACAAAUCAUACCUCAUACUUAAACAACAGUCCGACAUUAAAACCAAGUCGAAUGGAUUAACACAGCAAAAACACCCGCAAACGGACACGAUUUCUCGCACGAGUAGGAUUUACUGCUAGCAUCCAGGCUGCUAGCUAACAUCAGCCAGCAGGACGGCAGAUUGUACACAUCAGAUCAAGACGGUCUGGUAUCGAAGGACAGUAUGGUUGAGGUGGUGGUGGAGUAUGAAUAUGAUGCCGUCCACGAAGACGAGUUAACCCUCAGGCUUGGAGACGUGAUCAAAAAUGUGCGAAAAAGCGAAGAGGGAUGGAUGGAAGGAGAACUCAAUGGAAGACGAGGGCUCUUCCCAGACAACUUUGUAAAGGAGGUGAAGAAAGAGGAGCCAAAGACCAAAGAGGAGCCAAAGGAGGCUACAGAAGUGAAGGAGGUAAAAGAGGAGUCUCCGAUAAAGCGCCGAUCGUCGGGGAACGUUGCGAGUUUGGUGCAGCGGAUCAGCGUUUACGGCAUUCCGACCGGAGGAAUCGGAUUACAGCCCCACUCUCAACCACGUGCCUCAAAAAAGAAGCCCAAGAAGCGUCAGUGCAAAGCCCUGUUUGAAUACGUGCCUCAGAAUGAAGAUGAGCUGGAACUGAAGGUCGGAGAUAUCAUUGACAUCACAGAGGAGGUGGAGGAGGGCUGGUGGAACGGAACUAUGAAUGGGAAGUCUGGACUCUUUCCGUCUAACUUUGUCAAAGAAAUAGAAACAGCUGAAGACACGGAGACCAGCGACGUUACAGACGAGCCAGAUAACAGAGAUGGAACCUCCAGCCCCACGUCUCCUCAUCCGGGGAACGGAGUCAUGGCCCAGCCCAAGAAGGUUAAGGGCGUCGGCUUUGGUGACAUUUUCCGAGAUGCUUCCGUCAAACUCCACAAAGUCCAAAGACCGCCUUCUGAAAGCGAGGAAAAGAAAGAAAAACCAAUUCCAUCAUUACCAUCUGCCACAAAACCCAACCUCAUGAGCACUCCUGAGCAUCCAAAAGGAGAAAAAGAGACCGAGAACAAGGGAAAAGCAAAAGAAUACUGCAAGGUCUGCUUUCCAUAUGAUGCAACUAACCAAGAUGAGCUGGAUUUAAAAGAAGGUGACAUCGUCCUUUUAUUGAGCAAAGACACAGGAGAGCCGGGCUGGUGGAAAGGAGAGAUCAACGGACGACAGGGAGUUUUCCCAGACAACUUUGUGACUCUAUCUGACCAAGACAAAGAGACUCUCACCUCAAAAGGCUCCAUUAAAGCGUCUCCUAAGCCGGAAACAGAGGAGAAGCCAAAGAAGCCACCACCACCAUCCAAAACUCCAGUCCUGAAACCAGAGGCGCCCAUUGCGGACAAGAGGCAACCACAGCCACGGCCUGAUGAGAAAGCUCCCAAGCCUUUGCCAGAGAAACCCGCCAAACCUGCCGCCCCCAUCGUACCCCCUAAAAAACCUGUGCCUCCGAACAAGGGACUGUUGCGUCCAACAUCCGUCCACAAACCUCUUGUUCCGACGCCUGUCGCUAAGCAAGUACAAAAUGGAGAAGUUCCCCUUAUUCGACCGAAGUCGGAGGUCGAACCUGCACCCGCACCCAGCAAGCCAAAACCAACAGUUGUGGAUGGCUGUGAGAAGAAUUCAGACGUAGUCAAUCUCAUAAGUUUUGACGACGUCUCCUCUACCUCUGAGAAGUUAUCCCACCCCACCGCGAACCGACCAAAGAUGCCUGGGAGGAGACUGCCGGGUCACAGAGGCAAUUCUCCAACCAAGGACCCGGCCGAGAAACCUGAGAAAACCGAGAAAACUGAGAAACUGGAUGAAUUGGAUAUAACACCCUUAUUACCGAAGACAUCUGUCUCAUCACCAUUACCAUCUCCUGCACCUAAAGCAGCUACUCUUUUUACACCUGAGAUCAAACCAAAAGCUGACAAGGAGGAAGAAAAGAAAGGCUCUGAACUGGAGGACCUUAAGGCCCAGAUGAAGGAACUGAUGCUCUCUGUAGAGUUACUAAGGACACAACAAUUGAGAGAGCUGCAAGAACUCAGAGAAGAUCUCGAUGAAGAAAAGCAUAAACGAAUAUCCCUGCAGAUUGAGAUAGAAAAACUGAAGAAGAUGGUACAGUCAACGUGAAACCUGGCACCAAUCUGGACCGGAAUCUCCGCUGUUGCGUCACGGGUGUAGAACGACACCAGACGGAGGGAUAAAAGUCGUUUUUAAACUCGCUGACUUUCACAAAUUGUAAGAUUCACCUAUUUGCACAAAAUGAGUUUUUCUAAGUAAGAAAGGUUAGAAAGUGUAAUUACAACAGAUGUAUAUGUUUGUUUUCCUAUCUUUUUUUUUUGCCAACAUUAUACUUUUGAGGCCUUACUUAACUACUGUGCUGGAUAUGCAAUCUCCGCACUUAUUGAGAAGUGCAGCGAAAUAUGCAUUUAAUACUACUGAGUCUGUAUAAACGAUGGGGGAUUAUGUUGUUUCUUUGUUUUUUAUGACGUGGGUUAGUUUUUAAAGAAAACUAUUAUGAUCUCAGCAAUACUCUGUCUGUAUUAGCCUCUUUAGAUGAUUAUGAAAUGUAUGCUAUACUCUUGUUUCCAUUGCUGUUUCGAAAGGGAGAAUUGUUUUCAUUUGCUGUUUUCUAACAUUCCUAUCCAGGGUAACACUAUCGUGCCUGUUAAGAUUUUUACAAGUGUUAAUACUGAGAGCGCACAUACGUAUAAAUAUAUAUAUGUGUAUACUUAGAUUUACAGCAUGCUAUAUAUUUUUAUGGUCUAUUGAAUGUGGCAUUAUAAAGAAAUGUAUUGGGAUUAUUAAUCGUGUUUGGUUUAAAACGUUCAUCCCACCCACAAAACGAUAAGCUUGUGCUUUCAGUAGCUGAAUCAAUUCACCAGACAAUGAAAUAACAUGUAGUCCAUUUUGUUCUGGUUUAAUAUUGAUGGUCAAAUUGGAAAUAUUUACUUUUUUAUUCCGCAUCUCACUAUCUGUUUUAUCAUAAAGAAACAUAUUAGCAAAGUCUUCAUAUCACAUUUAUGCAUCAGAGCCUGCUAGUUCAAGUUUCUGGAUGAUUGCUUUGCUGGUUAAAACAUCUGGUAUGUUCUGAUGAAAUUCAGAUGUUGAAUACACCUCAGGUUAUAGAUCGGUGGCCAGGACAGAUGAAAUGGGCUCUCAGAUGAGGAACAUUUGGGAAAAGAGGAAGGAACAGUGUAGGGGAUAUGUCUAGUAUUUCUUCUGCUACAUUGUCAAAAACGAAUAGCUCAAAUAGCUUAAAAACAUGGCCUUUUAACAGUAAUCCAAAAUAGUGCAUAAGCACAUACUGAUACUCAACUGAGAUGAAAGGGAUAAUUUAUCCUAAAAUGAAAAUUCAAGAGAAGAUAUUUUAAUAAAUGUACAUGAGGGUGAGUAAAUGAAUGUUCAUUUUUGGGUGAGCUAUUCCUUAAACACAAUUUUGUCUUAAACAUGCAGUAAUAAGUGUACCCAUCUUAUUCUUUAGGCUUCUUAAUGCUUAAAUUAAAAAAACAAACAUGCAUGAACACAUUACUGAUCAAGAAUGGUUUAAGUGAGCGAGCGAGGGGCUGAAUAAGCGAAUGAGAGGGAGUGAGAGAGCUAGGAAUUGCAAGCUGCCUGCUGUUGACGCAGUAGGAAGAUAUAUUGAUCCCUAAAGCAAUAACAAACAUCUCUUUCCAGAUAUCCAUCUCUCUGUACAAUGAAUAUGUUCUUGUUCAAUAGUUCUCUUGUAGCUAUUUCAAAGCAUAACCCAUGGACAGACAUGAAAAACGCGUGUUAUCUGAAAUUGGGUAGAACACAUUCCACUUUGUUUCUUAAGAUCUGUUGUGCAUUCAGCAUCUCUCGAAUGAUCUUGUUUACAUGAUUUACUGAAUUGCAUGACCUGAGAUUUUUUCCAAACUAAAUAAAUAUGUUUAUUUACAGA